CUGGUAUUUUCAUUUUGUUGAGAAAUAAACUAUAGAAAUGAUUAUCCUGAAGGGGAUUGCCCCCCUCCUCAUAUGUGUCAUCUUCUGGGUCCCACUGCUAGCUAAAGGUGAUGUGUGUGACCCAAACCCAUGUGAGAAUGGUGGAAUUUGUUUAUCGGAUUUAUCUGAUGAAGCAUUUUCUUGUGAGUGUCCAGUUGGCUUCAGUGACCCCAACUGUUCUAGUGUUGUGGAGGUUGCUGUAGAAGAUUCUACAACAGCAGGACCCUGCCAUCCAAACCCAUGUCAUAAUGGUGGAACAUGUGAGAUCAGUGAAUCCUAUCGAGGAGAUACAUUUAUCGGAUACGUCUGUAAAUGUGUGCGCGGUUUUGCGGGGAUUCACUGCCAACACAAUGUAAAUGAAUGUGAGGCUGAACCCUGCAAGAAUGGAGGAAUAUGUACAGAUCUAGUUGCAAACUAUUCGUGUGAAUGCCCUGGUGAAUAUAUGGGAAGAAACUGCCAGUACAGGUGUUCUGGACCUCUUGGUAUUGAAGGAGGAAUAAUUUCAAACCAACAAAUAACAGCAUCCUCAACUCAUCGAGCCCUUUUUGGAUUACAAAAAUGGUACCCAUAUUAUGCACGCUUGAAUAAGAAAGGUCUUGUAAACGCAUGGACAUCUGCUGAAAAUGACCGAUGGCCCUGGAUUCAGAUAAAUUUGCAAAGGAGAAUGAGAGUCACUGGUGUCAUAACACAAGGAGCAAAGAGAAUAGGGAGCCCAGAAUAUAUAAAAUCAUACAAGAUUGCCUACAGUGAUGAUGGGAAAUCCUGGACAACAUACAAAAUAAAAAAGACCACUGAGGAUAUGAUUUUCAGAGGAAAUGUGGACAAUAAUACUCCCUACGCUAAUUCUUUCACUCCUCCAAUUGAAGCUCAGUAUAUAAGGCUGUAUCCACAGGUCUGCAGACGGCAUUGUACAUUAAGAAUGGAAUUACUAGGAUGUGAAUUAUCAGGCUGCUCUGAGCCACUUGGAAUGAAAUCAGGACAUAUACAGGAUUAUCAAGUUUCUGCCUCCAGCAUUUUCAGAACGUUAAACAUGGAUAUAUUCACUUGGGAACCGAGGAAGGCUCGAUUGGAUAGGCAAGGCAAAGUGAAUGCUUGGACAUCUGGAAGAAGUGACCAGUCACAGUGGCUUCAGGUGGACCUUCUUCGUCCUACAAAAGUAACUGGUAUAAUUACGCAAGGAGCUAAAGACUUUGGCCAUGUUCAAUUUGUUGGUUCUUACAAACUCGCUUUUAGCAAUAAUGGUGAACAUUGGACUAUUUAUCAAGAUGAAAAACAAAGAAAAGACAAGGUUUUUCAGGGCAACUUUGACAAUGAUACACACAGGAAGAAUGUCAUUGAUCCACCUAUCUAUGCAAGAUUUAUAAGGAUCCUCCCUUGGUCAUGGUACGGCCGAAUUACAUUACGAGCUGAGCUAUUGGGUUGCACAGAGGAGGACUGAAAAGUUACAUUAGUUUGCAACUCAAAUUUCAAUUCAAACAAGAUAUCAUCAUACAAGAAUUAAGAAAACAAAAACUGUGCAAAACCUGAAAGAAAAGUAAUGGGUUUAUAAAAGUAAAAAUAAAAAGUGCUCACUUUAUGGUAGGCUGGUAACUGUUUUUAGCAAAGUAUUAUGUGCCUGCCCAUACAUGACCCCCCCCACCACCAACACCACCAGUUUGUUCCCCUAAUUAUUAUUGUUUUACAAUGUAAUAUUUUAAAUUUCUUCUAAUUUGUUCACAUUGGUUGAAAUAUGUUGGAAGAGAGGCAGCAUUCUUUUUUUGCAAGCAAGGUAAUUAAAAUCACAGUAAUUUACUCAAGCUAACAACAUCAUAAUCUGAAAAAUGUCUAUAUUUAUAUUAAAACCCUACUUGUAGAAAUAGAUACUGCAGCUUUAGCAAUACUGGAAUGACUGCAUUAUUCUAAUUUCCCUUGUGCCUAACAAAAAUAUUAAUAUUUACAUAUCAGAUUUUAGAAAUUUGAUUUACACCCAUGAAAUUACAUUUUCUUAUUUAUUUUUUUCUUAAAUUGAUUUUUAUAAUGCAUGUUUUAAGGCAUGUAAUUUCUCAUAUUAAAUUACAUUUCCUUUCAUGAUGACCUGAAAACCGAGUUUGUAUUAAAAAAAAUACUUGUUUAUUUCUGCACGUUAUUAACUUUAACUACAGUCAUUUGUCAUUUUUCUUAAUCCCAUUCAUUUACUAAAAAAAGUAUACUAAAAAGGUUGUAUAUUAACUACCAACAAACAUUAUUUUCACAUUAUUUCCAGACAAAAUCAGAGCAAUAGUCAAAUCCUAUCCAUGUUUUUCCAUAGCAUAAAUGUUUUCAUUUUUUUUAACCAUUAACAUCUUAUGUUUUUACCAAGGACAAGAAAAGAAAUAUCAACUUAUUUGUAUAUGUCUAGCAAUGUCUCUGUAGCAUUUUCUCCAUGCUUCAUCCAAAAGUUUGACUUUAAUUCUUGCAUAAAUAAAAACUAGUAAAUCAA